GAUAUCAACAUAUGCCGUCGUCUCCGUAUAUUGCUUGGAGCUUUCGUAUGUUAUGAAUGCAUAUAGAGCAAGAUGUGGGAAUAAAGUUUGUGGACCACAAAGGUCUGAUUCCACUAAUGAAAUGAUUAGAGAAUAUUGUCCAGAAUGCAUAUGUGAUGAUAUAUGCAUAUUUCACAAGAAUUGUUGCCCAGAUCACUACUUUCGUUUUCGUCUAUCGUGUAUAGAAACAAGCCUCUUGGAUUUGAACCCAAUUCCGAACGAAAAAUCAAUAGCAAUGAUCAGUCAUUGUCCUGUGUCCUCGGACAAUACAACAAAAAUGAAAUGCGAAAUGUCAAAUAGCCUUCUUAAAAAAUUUCAAAACAUUCCCGUAUAUUCUAACAAAAGCGGACUUACUUACAGAAAUAUUCAUUGUUCAGUGUGCCACAAUGAGUCUCUCCGAGAUAUACAUCAGUGGAAAAUAGAAAUGCAGUGUGCUUACUUUGCCGAUUUCAAUUUUCUUUCUUCUUAUUCAGAAAUAUUCGACUAUGCCGAAGAGAAGAAAUGUGACAUUUUCUAUUCAAGCGCAGAAAUUUAUGGACUUCAUAUUAACACAUGUGAAGAUAAUUCUAUACGGGAUGAUGCUAUAAGUAAAUGUAAUGUUUCAGGAACAUGGAAACAUUAUGAUGCUGAUAUAGACUUUGCAUGCCGAAUUUAUGACAAUAAAUUUUAUUUUUUCAAAAAUGUAUUUUGCCAUCUGUGUAAUCCGCCAAAUGAUUUAACUAUAGGUGAAGUUAUCUCGAAAUGCAAUGCGACAGGUUUAUGGAAAGCUUUCAGUGCUGAUUUAGAAAAGGCAUGCUUAAAUAACAUACACAGUCCUUUAACAACACCAUUCAAAAAUAUUUACUGUUAUUUAUGUAAUAUAAAUGACAGAAAUAAAACACACAACAUGCAUUUUAAGGAACUAAAUGAAUGUCGUGAUAUACUUUGUUAUCCUGGUAGAAUGCAUAUCGACACAGGAUGUACACCUCUGUUCCAAACAACAGCAAACCUGGGAUACAUUUUAUAUGCAGGAUUAAAAGCUAUUUUGGUUUCGGAUGUUAAUGAUACGAUGCCAUUCUUAGAGUCAGUUGGUGAAUAUUUCAAAGAUUUUCUAAAGAAUCGCUUGUGGCUGUCGUUCAUUGACUUUGAAACUUCCAUCAUUUAUUCCAACCUAUACUGUUCGGACAGUCAACCUAACAAAUUAGGCAAAGGAAUUACUGUUUUGGUCUUAGUUUAUCACAAGUUUUUUAUUCAGGAUUAUGUCAACCGUUCAAUGACGGAGGAAACACUUGUUUCAUUGUUAGGAUCAACAUUUAAUGUUACAUACAAUGAUUUCCAGCAGCCAUUUUUAAUUCAUCGUGAUGAAAAUGCUUUCAAUUUACCGACUUUAGUUUCAAGAUUUCAAUUCACUGAUAAAUGCUAUACUAAAGAAACAUCGGAAUCGUACACAGGAAGAUUAUACGUUCAUUCACAUGUGAUUCAACUUUUGAUUUGUGAACAAAUCGAGUUAAACUAUACAGAAUUCAAUAUAAACGUAAAAAACUUACAAUUAACUGUUCUUUCAAGAAAAGCUGUAAUUGAGCGAGACGAGUACAUUCUGAUAUCACCUAGACAAGCUAGAAUAUGCAUAGAUCGUCUGCAGACUUUGAGUGCAAGUAGGAUACAUUUCAAUUCUGCUGAUGUAGGGAACAUAGUGGCAAUGGUUUUCACCUGCAUAUCGCUUUUAUGUUUAUUUUUAACAUUUUUAACUUACUGCAUUUUUCCAAGUUUGAGAACACUUCCAGGAAAAAACAAUGUAUGUUUAGUGUUUGCAAUUUUUUGUGCGCAAUUAUUGUUUCAGUUUGUAGAAUUUGGUACAAAAUCCGACAUUGGAUGUAAAGUGAUCGGUGUUUUGAUACAUUAUUUUUGGUUGGUUACUUUCGGUUGUCUCAGUGUGUGUUCUUUCCAUAUGUACCGCGUGUUUACAAGCAAAACUGUCGUACGUAUAUCCGAAACAUCUAGACUGGUUAUUUACAUUAUAUAUUCUUAUGGGACACCGGCUAUAAUUGUAUUAUCAAAUAUUAUUAUAACAAGAAGUUUAUCAAGCGUUACGUCAAUUGGAUACGGAGGUCGAAUUUGUUUUCUGAACCAACCAAUCGCAUACGUUGUUACAUUCGCAGUUCCGAUAAGUCUCGUUUGCUGUACAGAUAUUUUCUUCUUCAUUGCGACAACUUAUAAAAUAGCCAAAAGGCCAAAAUUGAAAAACGAUUUUCAGAUGAAACUAAAUCAAAUUCAAUUCACCGUGUAUGUGAAAUUAUUUUCUAUAACUGGAAUUACUUGGAUUUUUCAAAUUAUCGAUUCUUUCCUACCAGUCUCAGCCUUUUCAACGAUUAUUUCCCUUUUGAACGCUUUACAAGGUGUGUUCAUAUUCAUUUCGUAUGUCUGUAACAAACGUGUGAUCAGUCUGUAUGAUAAAACUAGGAUGUCUUUUAGUGGAUACAGCAGGACAAGAACGAGCAGACGUACAGCAUCCACCGGAUUAAGUAGCAGUGCGCUAUAAACAUAAACUAAACGUAGCAGAAUGUAGUUAAUUAUUGAAGAAAUACUACCAUGCGGUGCAAUAUGGUUGUUAGCAUCAUCGUUCAUUUGUUCGUCCUGAACAUUCAUGAAAUAUUUGCCACUGGACGUUAAGUAACCAACAAUUAAUCAAUCAAUCGUUCCUUCGUCU